UGUCUGGUCUACAUUUCAUUUAAAAGCAGAUCAGAAUAUCCCUGGAAUAUUUUUGGAUAUCGGUGCUGAAGUGGUUACUGGCAAUUCUCAAUUUUUCCAUGUUUCAGUCACUUUCUUAUUGAAGAAAUAAAUUGGUAAGCCCAGGAUAAGAUCUGAAAACAAUACAUAUCAAGAAGGUUCGACAAGAUUCAUAGACUCAUUUUCAAAGGAGUUCUUCUAACCAAUUCUUACUAAACGAUAAUGGAUCUAACUGUUAGCAUGGACCUCAUUUUUCAUCUUGGUUCAACAAAAUCAUAAACAAGGCACUAGGACCUGAUAAGGAUCUCAUCAUCUAUAAAGUCUUAAUAAUCUACAAAGACAUAAAAUAAAUAGUUGGUCACAGAAAAUAUUAUUUAUUCAUUACCAUAACCCUACUAGAUAGGAAGACAGUUUGUCUACAGGACUGUUUGAGAAAAUAAUUCCAUUUUUCGCAGAUACUUAACAUAAUCCUAGAUGUGUAUGAUGGACAAUAAUCGGUCAAGUUGCCACAUUAGCCAUGAUUUAGACAUGUAUAUGUUCCCAAUUAUAUAUAUCACUGUGAUUGUGAUAAGCAUACCAACAAACUGCAUAUCCCUUUACAUAUCUUACCAGCAGAUAAAAAAGAAAAAUGAGUUGGGAGUCUACCUAUUUAACUUGUCUUUAUCUGAUCUGCUGUAUACAACAACGUUGCCUUUUUGGGUUGACUUUAGUUUGAAUCACAAUCAUUGGAGAUUCGCAGAUUGGGCUUGCAAGUUGAGUGCCUUCUUCAUGCACACAAAUUUAUACAGCAGUGCUGGAUUUCUUACUUGUAUCUCCAUUGAUCGAUAUCUUGCUGUGGUCUUUCCUCUAAAAUUUUAUCAACUUCGCACAAGGACAACAGCAGUAUUGGUAAGUUUACUAGUUUGGACCUUACAAGGUGCCUCAAAUGUUGUAAUUUUACUCAAACGAGAGACUUUCAUCGUCAUCUCACAUAAGGCUGGCAACAACUCAAAUGAAGUGAAUGACACUGUAUGUUAUGAUAAUUUUCCAAUGGAAGAAUGGAAAUCGUAUUUCAGUAUCGUCAAUGUAUGCAGCGGACACUUCCUACCCUUAAUAAUAAUGGUAUUUUGCUAUUUAAAAAUCUAUGCCGCAGUGAAAACUAAUCAGGCCACUGAUGAGGGCGAUAAAAUAAAAAUUAAACAGCUUCUGUUUGCUAUUGUAGUGAGUUUCGUAAUAUCGUUUACCCCUUAUCACAUUGUUCUGUUAAUACGUAGCCUAAAAGAGCCAAAUAACUGCACUUUUGCCAAUAAAAUGUUCUAUCCAUAUAAAAUAACCUUGGCAUUAUCCAGUGUGAACUGCAUGGCGGACCCAUUUCUGUACUGCUUCGUGAGUGAAGCUGGAAGGGCAGAUCUCAGAACAUUGUUAAACUGCUUUACCAAUAAAUUUGAGUCUUCAUCAAAGAAUGGCUCAGUGACAAAGAAUGAAUACAUGAUGGGUACAAUUUCAAGGAACAACGUCCAGGAAAACGAGUGUCCUUCACCUAUUAAUAAACCAGAAAUAGACAUGAAACCUGCACACUGACAAGAACAUGCACUAUACAAUGAAAUGUUACAUAUAUUGACAUUGUUUACAGUGUGGACAUAGAACCUAUGUUGCGUUUGCACAGCUACCAAGAAAUUUAAAUCCCAAGGUAAAAAUGGGCAUCAAUUUUUUACUUGCAAAAUAUGGCAAUUCAAUUUUACAAUGAAAUUAAAUAAUUUAUAAAUGUUGUACAAAUGAUGUCCCAAAGGGACAUUGCCUGCUAAUGGAAAAACUAGACUGUUUCUAUAAAAUCUGUUAGCAUAAUGUAUUGGUUCUUGUUGUAUGUUUUGUAUCGUCAGUAUGUUUCGAAGUAGUGACCUGUGUGUCUUAAUGGUUCAGAGUUAUCAUUCUUGGCUCCGCAACGAGUUCCCCCGAAGUGUGUCGUUGCAUUCAGAAUAACACGGACAUUCCAAAGAUAACUGUGUAGCAGUUCAACAGGUUAGCCCCAACCAGUGCUGAUGUUAUGCUGAAUGAAGAAACAUUGACAUCAGAAAGUCAUUGAACAAAGGACUUGAAAAACAUGAGUGGGGUCUGCAAGACACCGGGGUCUAAAAGCAUAUGAGUGGGUGCAGGCAAUAUGGAG